GAAAGCUUGCCAAGCCUGGUUUUGGGGCGCUUGCUGCUCUGCGCGGGGCUAUUCGAGCCUCUGCGUAGUCCAACUCUGUCAUCAAAGGUGAACUGACGAACCUCUGCCACUUCGCUGGCCGCGCCAAGGCACCGCAGCCUCGCAGUGGCACCAAGCCACAUUUGGCCACAAAGCGCCGGCGAAGAGGGCCGCUAGUCUCAAAAAACAAGAAUGACCACCACCCGCGGCGGCGGCGAGAUCGGCCUCCGGUCCUGCGCCGAGGCGACGGUCAUCGAGGACUUGCUCGAGGUCAUCACGCCCGUGAGCGGCCUCGUCAAGCGGAACCUGGAUUUAAUAAGACAGCUCGGCGCGACGGCGACGUCGGAGCUCGAGGCCGUCGAGAAGGAGGAGGCCAAGGUCGAGAAGGACGUCAUCGAGGAGCUCGACAAGCGCGCGGCGGCCGCGAAGCCCGCGAAGAAAUUGGAAGAGGUCAUCGGCGACAAAAAAGACUUUGAAGAGAGAGCCGAGAAACGAAGAAGGUGCGACGGCUUGUUCGAGGAGGCCAUCGAGGUCGCGCGGCAGACGGAGGUCGCCGUGGCUCGCCACAUCGACCACAUCGACGGCGAGCUCGCGAAUUUGAGCCAGCAUCUGCACGCGACGGGCGAGUUCGAGAACGCCGGCGCGGCGCGGCCGGGCGACGAGGUCGCGGUGCGGCUCGACGACUACGACAAAGAGGCGUGGGUUUUGGGUAGGGUCGUGCGCUAUCGAUCUGAUGAAGAUCUGUACGAGGUCGCCGACGCCGACGACGAUAGGAAAGUUUUCGAGCUCGGCGCGACACGAGUCAUUCCCCUGACAGAUACCGGUCGCGGCGUGCCACCGGCCCACGUGCUCUGCGGGGCGCAGUCCUGCCUCGUGGACGCGCACGACGAGGCGAACCGGCUCCAGAAGGGCGACGAGGUCUUCGGCAUCUACCCGGACACUACCAGUUUCUACCAGUGCGUCGUGACCAUCCCGGCGCGGCGUUCGGGCUCGCAGGGCGGCACGUGCCACUGCCAGUUCCAGGACGACGCGGAUGAGACUGGUAUUACGCCCGACCGGCCCGUGCCGCUGAAGUACGUGCUCCGGCGGACCGACGGCUAGGUGGUGGAGUAAGACUCGAGUUUAGG